AUGCCCCCCAAGAUCGACCCUACCGAGAUCAAGAUCAUCUACCUCCGGGCUACCGGUGGUGAGGUCGGUGCCUCGUCGGCUUUGGCGCCGAAGAUUGGUCCUCUUGGUUUGUCCCCCAAGAAGGUCGGAGAAGACAUUGCCAAGGCGACCGGCGACUGGAAGGGUCUCCGGGUCACCGUCCAGCUCACCAUCCAAAAUCGUCAGGCGACUGUGGCGGUUGUUCCCAGUGCGAGCUCGUUGGUCAUCAAGGCUCUUAAGGAGCCCCCACGUGACCGCAAGAAGGAGAAGAACAUCAAGCACACCGGUAACAUUGCUCUUGACGAGAUCUACACUAUCGCACGCAAAAUGGCCCACAAAUCCCUAGCCAAGAACCUCGCCGGUGGAGUCAAGGAGAUCCUCGGUACGGCCCAGUCGGUCGGGUGCACAGUGGACGGCAAGCCCCCUCACGAUAUCAUCGAAUCCAUCGACAACGGGGAAACGAUCGUUCCGGAUGAGUAG